UGCCCUCGCGCUGCCUAGGAGACAAGACGCGAGACCGGCAGCGCCCACCCGGUCGCCAUGGAGCUUCCCUUAGGGCAGUGCCAUGAUUCCCGCUCCUGGGACGAUGACUCGGACCCAGAGUCAGAGACAGACUCAGACGCGCAGGCCGAGGCCUACGUGGCCCGCGUUCUCAGUCCGCCAAAAUCCGGGCUGGCGUUCCCGCGUCCCUCGCAGCUAUCCACGCCCGCCGCGUCCCCGAGCGCUUCGGAGCCUCGGGCCGCGUCCAAGGUAUCGGCCGUAAGUGAGCCAGGCCUUCUGAGCCUUCCCCCGGAGCUGCUGCUCGAGAUCUGCUCCUACCUGGACGCCCGCCUCGUGCUCCACGUCCUGUCGCGCGUGUGCCACGCGCUGCGCGACCUCGUGUAUGACCGUGUCACCUGGAGGCUACGCGCGCUACACCGCGUACGCGCGCCCUACCCAGUGGUGGAAGAGAAGAACUUUGACUGGCCGGCAGCCUGCAUUGCGCUGGAGGAGCACCUGUCCCGCUGGGCAGAGGAUGGGCGCCGGGCCGAAUACUUCUGCUUGGCCAAUGGGCACCUGGCUGCCAUUGACUCAGUGCUGCUGCUCCAGGGUGGGUCACUCUGUCUGUCGGGCUCCCGAGAUCGCACUGUCAACUUGUGGGACCUGCGGCAGCUGGGGACGGAGCCCAGCCAGGUUCUGGUCAAGACCUUGGGCACUAAGCGGAAUAGUACCCAUGAGGGCUGGGUGUGGUCACUGGCAGCGCAGGACCACCGCGUGUGCUCUGGCUCCUGGGACAGCACAGUGAAGCUCUGGGACCUGGCAGCAGAUGGGCAGCAGUUCGGCGAGAUAAAGACCAGCUCAGCCGUGCUGUGCCUCUCCUACCUGUCUGACGUCCUGGUGACUGGCACCUAUGACAAGAAGGUGGCCAUCUACGACCCCAGAGCCAGCCCAGCCCUGUUGAAGUGCCAGCAACUACACUCCAGACCCGUGCUGGCCCUGAUGGCGGAUGACCAGCACAUCAUCUCAGGCAGCGAGGACCGCACCCUGGUAGUGGUCGACCGCCGAGCCAACAGAGUCCUGCAGCGUCUGCAGCUGGACUCCUACCUGCUCUGCAUGUCCUACCAGGAACCCCAGCUCUGGGCUGGUGACAACCACGGCCUGCUGCACGUCUUUGUCAACCGCAACGGCUGCUUACAGCUUGUCCGGGUCUGCUGGAGCUCCUGCCCCUGCCUGUUCCUCCCCCUGGGCCUCCUUCCUACCCCUGAGCCCCUGGUGGUGUGGGGGAGGGUGGGCCUUGGGAGAGCCUCGCCUGAGUGUUUCCUGAUCCCCUUCCCGCAGUCCUUUGACGUGGGCCACAGCUUUCCCAUCACUGGGAUCCAGUACUCAGUGGGAGCCUUGUACACUACAUCCACUGACAAGUCCAUCCGGGUGCACGUGCCCACAGACCCACCAAGGACCAUCUGCACCCGAAAGUAUGACAGUACACUCAGUAGGGUCUGUGCUGAGGGCAACCUCGUGGUGGCUGGCUCUGGGGACGUGUCGCUAGAGGUCUGGAGGCUGCCGGCCUGAGCAGGUGGAUGUGGAUGUGGAUACUGCCUCCCGGAGGCUGGGCUUCCUCCUCUGUUCUUGGGGGACCAUCCCCAAUGUUGGUGCUGCCUCCGCCCCCGCCCCGCAGGCCUAGGGCACGAGGAGUCCCGGCCACAUUUGGGUGAGGGUCCUGGCCUGGGACCUAUGCCUGGGGGAAGGGUGAAGUUGGGGUUCAGGCCCACCCAGGGGGCCGCUCCCCGCUCUUGGGCCCUGGUUUUGUUAUGAUUUGGAUGCCCCGCUCUCAGGUGAGAGCGAAGGAGAAUAAACCUGACAUAUUGGUGCUUGGG